GCUCAGGAAGGCAGGUGCCUACUAGUGCUAUAACUAUAAGUCAGUGUAACUUCUCCGCACAUAACGGUCACACCAGCUGCAUCUCAUGGAUUUCCACGUGAAGCUUAUGCAAUGAGCAAGGUCCCGCCUUUUGCCAAUAAGCAGCCUUCUCAUUGUGAUUGACGUCCGACCUCGCCCAACAGCAGGAGCAUAAGGGAAGAGAGUGUCUGAGGGCCCUGCCUUGGGCCUGGCUGUCAUCGUCCCUACCUAUCAAUUUGUGCAAGAGGCGGGACUUUAUGGCGUGCAUCCAAUGGAUGAGACGAAAGGGCGGAACUCGCAGGAUAUCACGUUUAAUGCUGUGCAAAGCGGAGGGUUAGUGACAGGGCUGGCUGUGGACGGAGUAGAGGUCAGAACGAUGUGCAUCGGGGUCACUGGUAAUGGACCAUACGUAACUGAGAGCCAUUCAAAGGUUGUUGGUGACUGACCUAUUUCAGUGUCAAGGAAAACGCAUCUACAGUAGCUGUACAUUUUGUGCAAUGCUGCUUCAGUGUAAGCAGAAGAUGAAGAACCAUAAUAAGAGGGGGAAAUGGAACAAGAACUAUUGAGAUGAACAAUGGACCAGUAUGAAUUUAUGGAAGGUGUUUGCACAUUGUAUAAGCCUGAUGAGGACUUUGAUUUAAUGCUAUGCCCAACCAGCAAAAACCGUCAAGAACGAGGUCUCCAGUUAGUGCCACCAUGUCUCAUGGAACACUAAGAGACUUACCCUCCGGUGUACAGCUCCAGUCUUCAGAAUUCCCACCAAGCCCACACCAUGUCUCUACAGGAAUCCUCAGUGCCAGCCCUCCUUUUCAACAUGGUGAACCUUUUAAACAGGGAUACAGUAGCAGCCAUGUGCCACAUUCACAAAAUGUAAUGGCUGGCAUACAUGGUUCUAGUAGCAUCGUGCACCCUCUCUCAGUAGAGACCCUAAACUUAAUGGCAGCCAAGCCACAAGAUCAUUCAACAGAAGGGCUUCUUGCUACACGUGGGACUUCUGCCACAGAUAAGAGCUGUGGUUCAUUUCACAUUGGAGAAACAAUACCACAGAAACACAAUGCCACACUGGAGAACCUUCUCACAAAUAUGGCUCCAAGGUCCCACCAGACAGAAGCCAUUCAGAGUCAUCAUCAGACAGGAGAACUUGCAGAUCCCAGCAUCUGUCUACAAGAUGACAUGGAAACAUGCAAUGACUCCAGCAGCAAUGAGCUUAAUGAGUCCGAUGAGAGUGGAAAGGACCCUGCAUCGAAAAGCUCUUCUGAUAACCAGCAACCUCCUCGUAGCUCCAACGCAUUUUCUUUUAUGCUGGCGGACUCUGAACAGAAUCCCUCCACUAGUGGGUAUAGUGUCAGCUCUUGUGUGCUGUCUUUGCAGCAGUGAGCAGCCGGCGAAAGCCAAAACGCAAAAGGAACUGGUGAAAAUUCUCAAGGAAAUACGCUCCUGUCUCCCAGCAGAACAGCGGUCUCGGGGGAACUCCAGCACAGCUGCUUCACUGCGCUAUGCUCUACAGUGCAUCCAGCAGGUGAAAGCAAAUGAGGAAUAUUAUCAGCUGCUGAUGGUUAAUGAGAAGCAUCCGUGCAGCCAGGAUCUUCCAUGCUACACCCUACAGCAGAUAGCGACUGUCACCUCUGAGUUUACAAAGAACAACACGGAUGUAUUCGCUGUGACUGUUUCCUUAGUAACUGGACGGAUCCUCUACAUUUCGGAACAGGCCUCAAUAGUGUUGCGCUGUAGUUCAGACCUGUUUUCACAGGUUCGUUUCGUGGAGCUCUUGGCCCCGCAGGAUGUUAGUGUAUUCUACAGCUCGACUACUCCAUACAGACUGCCAUCAUCAAACAUCUGCAGUGGAACUGAUCCUGGAUAUCUGGAGGGUCUGGAAGAAAAAUCAUUUUACUGUCGUAUCAGUUGUGGACGCGAAUCACGCAGAAAAGUGUCUUACCACCCCUUCCGCCUGACUCCAUAUCUGAUCCGUGUACAGUCCGAGGAGAGCCCAACAGAACAGCUGUGCUGCGUACUGUUCGCAGAGCGAGUGCACUCUGGAUAUGAAGCGCCACGGAUUCUGGCAGAUAAACGCAUCUUCACAACCACUCACACCCCCAACUGCAUGUUCCAGGAUGUGGAUGAGAGAGCUGUGCCCUUGUUGGGCUACCUGCCCCAAGACCUGAUUGGCAGCCCCAUUAUACUGCACCUGCAUCCCAGUGACCGGUCUCUCAUGCUGGCUGUGCAUAAGAAGAUUCUCCAGUAUGGAGGACAACCUUUUAACUUCUCCCCGAUACGAUUUUGUGCCCGUAAUGGGGAGUACAUCACCAUAGAUACCAGUUGGUCCAGCUUCAUCAACCCCUGGAGUCGAAAAGUGUCUUUCAUCAUUGGCAGACAUAAAGUCAGAAUGGGUCCUGUAAAUGAAGACAUUUUUACUGCACCCCGACACUUGGAAGAUCAGUCGCUACAACCUGGAGUUCAGGAGCUCACAGAGCAAAUACAUCAACUUCUCAUGCAGCCUGUCCAUAAUAGCAGCUCCAGUGGAUAUGGCAGUUUGGGCAGCAAUGGCUCUCAUGAACACCCAAUGAGCGGAGCCUCGUCUAGUGACAGUAAUGGGAACCUCAAUGAGGACACGAAGGAGAAGCAGGGUACCCUCCCUGUGCAUAGGCCAAAGGGAGAGGAAGGAUCUAGCAGUCCAGAGAUUACAGAUCCACAGAACCUGGAGAUCACACCUGAAACCGGUAUCACCCUUAAUGGGAAUUGUAAGGACAUCAAUCUCGAGGGCUUAUCAGUGGCCACCUGCUCCCCACGCUGUGAGCGUCUGCCAGUAAAGCAGCCCUACUCUUACCAGCAGAUAAGCUGCCUGGACAGUGUUAUCAGAUAUCUGGAGAGCUGCAGUGUUUUGGCUUUUGAGAAACGCAAAUUGCUUUCUUCAGAGAAAACGUCAUCAGAUGAUGAACGGGUCCGAAUGCAAGAUCGGGAGGGUCGGCAAGAAAGACACAUGCGUCCUGCUGCGCGUUCUGUAGUUAAAUGCUUUACUGGGGUACCAAGCUCUGCUCCCAUUUCUGGACCUGCCACCACCUGCCAGUCUGUGCCAGGCUCUCUGCCACACCCAUCCCUCACCUCCAUGCCUGCUCCUGGUCUUGCUAUUACACAACUCUCUAUGGCCGCCAAGGCUGAGAGUGUGGCGUCGCUAACCAGCCACUGCAGCUACAGCAGCACAAUCGUACAUGUGGGAGACAAGAAGCUGCAGCCAGAAACGGAAUUGGAGGAUGGGCCCUCACAUUCUGCCGCUGUUCCUCCACUUCUGCCAGGAAACACACAGAAGGAGCCAUAUAAACAGCUGGGACUAACCAAGAAAGUGCUGGUGGCUCACACUCACAGAGAGGAGAAUGAUUUUCUCAAUGGCUUCAUAGAUGUCAAGAGGCUAAACGCCUUCCAGACGAGGUGCAGUAGCUACAUGCAUGAGAGGCCGGGAGCCCUGCGACCACAUGGACCACAGGGUACAGGUCCUGCCGUAAGGCGAAGCGGCAAGACACGGAAGCCUAAAGUGAAACGUGUUCGGCCAGACUCGUGGCAUAGCAGCAGCUCGGGCAUACCACAGCACCAUCGCUGCCCUCUUCCUGGGAACAACACCACUGCCUGGUCCCAAUCUGACCACUCCCAUACUAGUUAUCCUCCACUGCCAUAUUCUAUGUUGCCUGCUUUUCCUUUGCCUGUCUUCCCUUCGCCCCAAAUCCCAAUGCCAAAUGAAACCCCCUCCAAUAUGCAGCCUUUCCAUACCCCUCUAAUUUCACCCAUGGUAGCAGUUGUUCUACCUAAUUAUAUGUAUCCCCCUAGUCUGCCACCAACUGUUUACCCUGGGGCAGCGCCCCAACAUCCCUUUCCAGUUCAGCCUUCAUUAUACACUCCGCAGCCAACCUUCACUGCUUUAAAUCCUACAUUCUCUGUUCCACAGCCUCCUUUCCCUAUUAUACAACAUCCCUUUCCUAUUCCACAACCUAUAGCUCCUCAGUCUGGCUCUUGCAUUGUGCAACCAUUUUCAUAUCCAAUGCCACAGAGUGAACAAAAGCUUAAGGAUGGGAUCUCUCGCUCCUCCACUCCGCAAAAGCCUCCAUCACCCCCUCUGUUCCAGUCUCGCUGCAGCUCACCUCUACAGCUGAACUUGUUGCAGUUGGAAGAGUCUCCAAAGGCUGAGCGUCCUGAGGGAGGCCCAGGUGUGGGAGGUGCUGGGAACAGUACAUUGAUGCCUCAACCUUGUGAAGAUCCCGAGCUGCAUAUCUCCGAGGCAGAAUCCCCUGCAGAUGACCACACUAGUGAUGCUGUUUCUACUGGCAGUGACUUUAUGGAUCUGUUACUGCAGGAAGACGCAUCUUUUGGAACCUGUUCAGUAUCUUCUGCAGUUUCAGAAUCCCUGACCUCAGGAUUCCGCAGAAACGGUACAUCUGGGAGUCAGACAGGGAGUAGUCUGACAAGCCACAGCAGCAAGUACUUUGGCAGCGUUGACUCUUCAGAAAACAAUCAGAAAAAGCACGAGUCAACAACUGCCAGUGGGGAGGCUGCUAUGGAGUUUGUACUUCAAGACCCCAUGUGGCUUCUUGCUGCCAACGCAGAUGAGAAUGUCAUGAUGACCGAUCAAAUAUCGCUCCGGGAUGUGGAUGUGGUUCUCAGAGAGGAUCGUGAUCGACUGAAAUCCAUGCAGAAGUUUCAGCCUCGCUUCACAGAUGAUCAGUGGAAAGAACUGGGAGAGAUUCAUUCUUGGAUACAGAGAGGAGGACUCCCAGAGGCCGUCGAGAGCUGCGUUUUCUGUAAGGAGAGAGGCUAUGAAUAUGCAGAGUAUGCAGAGACCAUCCAGGAGCUGGAACUCUGUGGGAUCAUGGAAUCAUAUGAUUGAAGUAGCUGAAGAUCUCCUCGGACUCUCACACCAGCCUUCAGCAGCACAAUGAACUCACUGUUAUAACUGGCAAACGAACCCAGCUUCAAGUCCUGUCUGCCACCCCUGCUGCCCACUGGGCAGGUGAUGUUCCACCAUGUCUAGUCUGGACAGUAACAAUCUAAUAUAUUCUGUGUCUGCGCGAUCCUUCAGAAAAAGCUGCUGGAUCUUUUGCCAUUUAUUUAAUUUUUUUAGUUUUUUGUCAGGCUUGCCAGCGGUGGGAGAUGUGGGUGACCACUUUACUGUAAUAGCUUAUUUAUAGUUAACUAAUGAAGGGUUUUUAUAUGUUUUCUCCUUCUCACACCAGCCCGGAGUAACAAAACUGGGUUAUUGCUGUGCGAAAUGGUACCCAAUAGCCUAAUAAUGACAUUCAGUUAGUAGAGGGCUACAGAGCAACACUACAUUAGAGGACAAAGGGAUUUUAUAAUUGUGUGCCCCUUUAUACAAAAGCUAUUUUUCAAAUGUUUCAUAAUUAUAAUAUUUGUAUAUUUUUAAAACCAUGUUUUCUUUGAGCACUGUACACUUUUGAUGCAUUUACACUGGUUGUUUAUUUGCUAGGACAGACGAUUGUUUUCUGGGUCCCGGUUCUCCCAGGAUUAUUUUAUUCCCAUGGAUGGUGGUGCUCUGUCACCUUGCUGCCCUGACCCUCCCCGGAACUGGAUGUAAUGAUGCUAAAUAAUUUCACAUGUAAUGGACGGAGUUGUCUGUACAGAGUGAAUCGGCCAGCAUUAUCCGCAGGUCAUCCUGGUGACAUUACUGAGCUGAAGCCUGUGUCCUGUAUCAUAGACUGUACCAAAGUUAUGUGGGGACUGAUUGUUGCUCUGAAUGACCCAUCCAUAAUCCGUACACACAACACCCCGUUUUGUGUAUUUGGCAUCACCCUCCUGAUGUUAUGAGAUUGAAUAUAAAUGCACCUUGGUCGCUGCUCAGCUCCAUUUCACAGCAGCAUACCCGCUAGUCCUAACUUCUAUUGGUAUGAUGUUUGUACGGGGCAUGGGGUGUGAAUGUGGGUCAUGUACUGCCUAUGUAAAAACAAGCAAUGCAAUGUCUAAACAUGGCUGAUGCAGUAUCCUUGCAUAGACCAAAUGUAACUCCAGUUUAUCAUUUCAGUGGAUACAAUAGGAGUCUUCCCCUGUGCCCUCUUACACGUAGUGGCAACAUCGGGAACACAGCUAUCACUGGAAUUCAAGUAGAGCUAAUUUUGGCACUGCCCUGGUAUAUUUCACCAACAUUGACUGUUACUUUCACAUUGGGAGUGAAUCCUCUUCUGUUAUUCUGUGCUCUCGUGGUCUUGAUCUUGUCACGUAUUGUCCACGCUAAUCUGAUAAAGCAAAAACAAAGUCAGUAAAAACUAUUUAUUUUUUAA